CAUUUGGCAUCCUCAUUCAAUCGGACAAAUCUCUCCUGAACUCGUCACAAGUUCGAAUCUUAACAACUAGUAACUGCCCCAUUUCCUUUUACAAGCUUCCCCUGAGUUUGAUUACCGGCCUUUCCCGCUACCGAAAAUGGUUAAAUCCUUACCAAAGCAGAAACCCCAAAACAACACAGAGAAAACGCAACCAAAUUUCAAGGGAGUGCGAAUGAGAAAAUGGGGGAAAUGGGUUUCCGAAGUGAGAAUGCCCAAUUCCCGAGCUAGAAUUUGGCUAGGGUCUUAUGAUACUCCUCAGCAGGCCGCUCGCGCUUACGACUCUGCAGUUUAUUGCCUCAGAGGAUCGAAUGCCAAAUUCAAUUUUCCCGACUCUUUGCCGGAAAUUCCGUCGGCCUCUUCGCUAUCUCCCGCUGAGAUUCAAGCUGUUGCAGCCAAGUUCGCCGUGGAAGAAUUCCGGCAGCCGCUGGACUAUAACACUACAUUUUCUGGUUCGGAAUCGCAAUCGUGUGUAGACAGCGAAGAAAUUUUAGAGGAACCAAAUUGGAAAUUGUUGGAUUCACUUCUUGAAGAUGUUGAGAGCGGACUGCCUUCAAAUUUAGAGAACUUUCUUUCAUUAGAGGAUAUUGAUUUUCUUUUGUCAGAGUGAAAACAGGGAGGGCAUUUUUUCUAUCUUCAUUCAGACAGGGUUAGUUACAGUGGCAGCCUCUGUCAAAGUUUUUUGAGAGGGAAAUCAAACCCUUGACCUCGCAGAGUGAAUAUGAAAGAAAUCUCUGUUAAAAACACUGUUGUGCUCAAUGUUCUAAGUACUUGGGGUUCCCUUAAACAGUCAAAACGUUUUACAGAGGGGGAAUUUUGCGCUACUCUUUUAACGUUGCAAUUCCUAUAAACUGAAAUUGAUUUCUUCCCUUAAAAAAUUUCUCAAUUCUUGUAAGAAAACAACUGAAGACAAUUUUUUCUCACUGCUAAACAUUUUGAAAGAAGUUUAUUAAUAAGAAGACAAUGCAAGGUCAGAACAUCAUACUGUAAGUAGGCGGAGAAAGAGAAUCUUCAGCAUACGCAAAACAGUGAUCUUGAAAUAGAAAAGAUCACUAACAACAACCACCAAGAUUACAGAGCUAUAAAACAGGGCACUCUGCAAGAGGCAAAAUAUUAAUGUCUGAAAUGAUAUAUUUUAUUUGUUUUUAUUUUAGUGUGGAUUCAUUUAUUUUAAUUCACUUUUUAUUGACCAAAGUUAGUUAAAGGAUAUAAAAAGAGUAGCAGUUCAAGAAAGGGGAUUGUAAGAAUAAAGAAGAAGAAAUAACAAACAGCAGUUACAACAUUUUUAUUUU